ACUCGAUGUGAAGUUGACAUUUCAAUUUUGCAAGAAAAUAAUUUGUUUUUAUUAAUAUUUAUGUAAUUAUUUAAUAGGAAACGUUGCAAAACCGCGCCGUGGCCCCACUUGUGUAACUUUUGAUAAAUUUUUUGAUAGAAGUGAACUGAAGUAAAAAAUGUCAUCGGGUCGCCCCAUUAAGUGUGUAGUUGUAGGUGACGGCACUGUAGGUAAAACCUGCAUGCUCAUAUCGUACACCACUGAUAGUUUUCCUGGAGAAUAUGUCCCCACAGUUUUCGAUAACUAUUCCGCCCCAAUGGUAGUCGACGGGAUUUCGGUUAGUUUAGGUUUGUGGGAUACAGCAGGUCAGGAAGAUUAUGACAGGCUGAGGCCUCUGUCUUAUCCCCAAACGGACGUUUUUCUCAUUUGCUUUAGUGUAGCGUCGCCGUCGUCGUUCGAAAACGUUACUUCCAAAUGGUAUCCUGAGAUCAAGCAUCACUGUCCCGACGCCCCCAUGAUUCUAGUUGGUACCAAAAUAGACUUAAGGGAUGAUAGGGAGACACUGACCGCUCUCGCGGACCAGGGCUUGAGCCCCAUCAAGCGCGAGCAAGGCCAGAAAUUGGCCAACAAAAUCAGGGCUGUUAAGUAUAUGGAAUGCUCGGCUUUGACGCAAAGGGGGCUCAAGCAGGUGUUUGAUGAAGCGGUCAGGGCUGUCCUAAGACCCGAACCGCAGAAAAGGCGACAACGCAAGUGUCUUCUUAUGUAAUUCCCAGCAACGACCGAACUGAUUUUUAUCUCAAUCUAAUGAAUAGUUCAGGGCAUUUAAAGUCAAUAAGGACUUAAGUAUAAGGAAUAGAUAGCAUACUCAUUUUUAAUGCUUGAUUUUUUUACAAAAACUCAAUUUAUUUUAUGUGGAAUCUCAAUUUUGACUGAAUUUUUCAACACCACUGCCCUUCAUUAGUUGCACUCUUGUAGACAAAAGGCAGCACUGAUUCCGACCCAAAAAUCCUAAACUGUGCCAUUUAUUUUAUCACGAAAUUAAAAAUACUCACACAUGACAUUACUUAAGGCACGUACUUGGUACGUUUAUUGUUUUGUUACAACGAUUUAAAAAUUGUGAAAAUUGUUUCGAGUCCAGAGCAGCUAAUUUUAUUAUUAAGACUUAUAUAACGUAUGUUUAGUUUUAUUUAUUUUCUAACAGUUCAGUGUAUUUUUAAUUUGAAAAGUGACUUGUUAAAAACCAAAGUAAUGUAAGUUCUAGUCACAUAUUUUCAUUACUCAGUGUUUUACAAUAUUAUGUUAGUUGCAUUUAUAGGUAUAAAAUACGUCUUGAAAUAAAAACGUAAUUUAAUA